AUGUCGGAAACGAACUCACCGAAAGUGGUGACACCUCAAAGCCCAACUAAGAAGUACAAACCAUCUUCCAUAAUCUCUUCAGAUAUCGACGUCCCCUUAGAUUGGUUAUACAAAGGGAAAAGGAAAUCUAGAACAAAGGCAGCUUCACUUUCAAAGACUUCAUCUCACGGUAGUUCCACCGCCAAGAUAAGAAGUAACAGUUCUGGGCAGUCCUCUUCUUCUCUAUCUCCAUAUUCGUCCAAUAAUAAAAGCAAAUCAACAAGUAAUGAUUUACUUCCAGCACCCACCCAAAGAAGAACAAGAUCACAAUCAAUUACAAAUGGGAUGAUUGCACAACCCUUACCAAAUAUAAAACAACAGUUGGAAAAGGGUCCUAUCGCAUCUUUAAAGAACGAUCAUCUCAGAUCAAGAUCAUCAUCCAUCUCGGGAACUUCCUCCUCGCAAAUUUCAACUGAUGAUUCAUCUCCAUUGAAGAGAAGUGUAUCAUUAAGUGAGAAACCAAAAAAAUCUUUAUUAGGUUCCAUUUUCGGUAGAAGACUCUCUAACCAAUCUCACAACAAACAAAAGCAACAACAACCAUCACCCAUACAAACUACAAAUAUAAAUACACGCCAUCCGAAAUCAUCUUCCUCCAAUGUAAAUUCACCAUUGGUAAAGAAACUAGCAUUGACACCGGAGGAAAGUCCCAUAACAAUAUUUAAUAAAUCAUCAAAGGAGGAUGUGGAUGAUGCACUUCUGAAUACUAUAUCAAAUAUCUCUUUAAGGAGAGUUAAAUUUUCCGUAGAUAAAUUCACUGAUGAUCCACCGCAACAACUACCUUCAAGGAAACCCAAAUUGGGGGAUGUGUUGAUUCCUAAUGAUAUGAUUAGUGAAGUUCCCCCCAUUUCUGUGGGAAUAACAACAACUGAUAAUAAUUCAGGGAGUACUCUGAUCACAAAUCAACAUCCAAUGUAUACGAAAGAUUCCAAAGAAUAUAAAAUUGCCCUGGAAAGAUAUAAGAAAUCUUUAAAGGAAGGUGAAAGACACCAGGAAGAAGCACAAAAGGCUGCGGAACGAAUCGCCAGGGAGGUUUAUUCAUCUUCACGACAUAGAGCUAAUUCUUUAACUUCAUCUUUGACCAAAACAACUUCCAAUACUAGUAGUAACCCAUUGUCAAAACAAAACUCAAAUGAAUUAGAUACUAAAGUGGAUGUCAAGGCGAAAACUUUAUCCAUCGAUAAACCAAUUCAUAUGCAUCAAAAUAAUUUUGGUGAUGACUUUUCAACACAUAAUACUAAUGAAGUCACUUUGGAUGUCAUUUAUACAAGAUGUUGUCAUUUGAGAGAAAUAUUACCAAUUCCAUCGACUUUAAGGCAAGUCAAGGGGAAAACAGCUCCCUUGCAAACAUUAAAAUUCUUAAAUCCAAGACCAACCUUAAUUGAUAUUUUAUCCUUUUGUGAUUUCAUUUCCAUUAUUCCAAUUCAUACCAUUGUUUUCGAUAAUGUGGCUUUAACUUCUGAAAUGUUUAGAAUCGUAUUAUCAUCAAUAGUUAAUUCUAAUGUAUUGGAAAAAUUAGGAUUAAGGAAUGUCACCAUUGAUGAAGAAGAUUGGAAAAUAUUCUGUAAAUUUUUAAUCGACAACAAAUCACUAAUAAAAUUGGAUAUUUCCCAAACAAAAAUUAGACCCGAGUCAUCCAUAUCAUGUUAUAGAGAAAAUAUGGACUGGUCUUUAUUUUGUCAAGUAUUAAAGAGAAGAAAGGGUAAACCAUUAGAAGAAUUAUUAUUAAAUGGUGUUAAAUUUAAUAGAAUCCCAUUAGGUAUAUUCCAAGAUUUAUUGCAUGUCUUUGCAAAGAUGAAUCCAAAAACAAAUGUACGGUUAGGUUUAGCCGUUUCAGAUAUAUCAUUGGGUUGUUUAAAAAUACUAUUCCCUUGGAUGUCCAAAUAUAGUGUGGAAGGUGUGGAUUUAGCAUUUAAUAAUUUGGCUGACUUAUUAAAACCAAUAAUUGAAAGCCUGUCAACUUUAGAUUUCAAACAUUUAAAAUAUUUUACUUUGAAUAGUACUAAUAUUUCCUCUGUGGAUGAUAUGGCAUUGUUAAUAAAAUAUCUUUCUAAAUUACCCAAUUUACAAUUUUUGGAUUUAAGUAAUCUACCUCAAUUGUUCCCCAAUAUUAUACCCGAUUUACACAAAUAUUUGCCUCAAUUUCCUAGUUUAAAGAGAAUCUAUUUUGAAAAUAACGACUUGACUUAUAGAGAAAUAUCAAUGAUUUGUAAUAUCUUACAGAAAUGUAAGUUAAUAUCACACGUUUCAUUACUCUCACAACAUCCACCUUCCACAUUGGAAAAUGAAAAUCAUAUUGACACAGAAUUAGGAAAAGACGAUAGUAAUAAAGAUUUGUUUAACAGACAUACUCUGUGGGCAACUUUAUAUUCUCUAGCUAGGAGUUCUCCAAACCUAGUAAGUUUAGAUAUUGACUAUGAUGAACUUUCUGAGGAAAUGAGAUCAAGAAUUGCGUUGUGUCUAAUGAGAAAUAUGCAAAGAACUAUGGAUUCUAGCUUUGAGUUGGAUGAAGCUUUACUACAGGAUAAUCUAUUGUUUGACGGAUCAUUAAUUAGUGAAACUGCAGAUACAGUUUUGAAUAAAUUAAAUGAUGAAUCUAAGGAUGAUAUUGAUCCAACAAGAAAAUAUUUAUUAAAGAAGUAUUUGGAAAAAUUAGAGAACUUACAUAAUAGCGUACAACAAACUAUCGAUUCCAUGUUUGAGAAAAGAAAAUCUGGAGAAUUACCCCUAGAAGAAAAGGAAAAUUUGGUUAGGUUAUUAUUACUAGAAAAGAACCUCUCGAAUAUCUUAGAAAUUUUUUCCAAGAUUCCCUUCUUAUCAGAUGUAUUCAAUUCUACCCUUGCUUCAUCACCAAUUCAAACUAACCAAACUACAGCAAUUACUGAUGAUGAGGUACCUGUCAGGAGACCUCAAUUGAAACAUUUGGACUCUGCAAGAUUAUUACAUCAAGCUAUUGUUCCUUCCUCCGAAAAUACAGGUGACCCACAUAUAAUGGCUACAGAGGCAGGAAGCGUUAUUGAUACAUACACAGGGAAACCUGUCUUGCAUAAGAGUUCUUCAAAUACAUCACUAUUUUCUAAGAAGCAAGAAGAAGAGGAGGGUGAGUUACAUAAAUGGGGUGUUUUCGUCCAGCAAAAGCAACAACAAGAAAAUGCAGUGCCCGGAUCAGAAUCAAGCUCUAAUCUCUCAAAGGAAUCCAUAUCAUCUCAAGCCUCCCCUACCCAUAGAAGUUCCCCUACUUCAUUACAACUAGAGGAUAAAACGGCUACACCAAAGAUUUUACCAAAGAUCCCAUCUGGUCCACAAUUAAGAGAAGCCAUCAUUAAUGCAAAGGGUAUAGCUUCCAUCGAUGAUUUAAUCCAAAAUGUUAAUGAAAAAAGAGUAGAAGUGGAAAGCAUUAAUGGUGAUUUUGUUCCCAUAGACUGUAAUAAGAAGAAUGAUACCAAUAUAUCACGACAACCAACUAAUACAUCUAGUGCCAAUGAGGAUGAAACGGUUACCGAGAAAUAUGAUGAGAUAUUGAAUAAUCUAUCAAAUGAUCGUUCGACCAUCAACAAAAGUUAA